UUAGCUUUCUUUUUUUUUUAACACAGUAGCCUGAAGCAAGGUGACCUUUCAGGUACAGACACACACCUGCAAUUUUAUACCUGACCCGAGCAGCGUGUCUGCAGGCUGUAAUAAGCAGCCGAGUGGAACCACCACUGCAGUUUCUCCACCUUCACCUUCAAGCUCUGUCACACAAAGAGCACACUAAAUCUUUCCAACCCCCAUCACGCUUCAAGUUAUCGGACGCUUGUGGGCUGCAGCAGAGGUUCACAGCGAUGGUGGAGGGGAAGCCCUAUCGGUACGGACUCAUAGUGGCCGGCCUCUCUGUGGUUGCCGCCGGCCUGUUCCUCAUGACGCAGGAGCGCCCGCACGUCUACAUGACGAUGUGCGUCGUCGGGGUCACCAUGGUCUGUGCUGGGACAGUGUGGAGCCUCUGCCAGUGCUAUCCCAAGAUCGUCGUGACGCCUGUGAUUCAGAAGGAAAGCCUGGAGGAUCUGAUGUGCUCUGCCAGAGAUGAGAGGCACGCUGGGUGUCGGCCGGGUUCCUGCGGCCAAAAGUCGGACGGUGUGCCGACGAACGAGAGCCGCAGCUGUCCCACGCUGCAUCUGGUCUGAAGGAGAGCGCGGAGCGAACCGAGCAAACUUCACUGGGUCAGAAACAAACGCAACCCGGGACUGAAGCCGAAUGUCAGAAACCAACAACACAAAUAUAUAAUAUACAUAAUAGAACAAGUCUUGUGCUGCUAUUGAAAGGAAAUUAUCCUACGUGGGUCGGUUCUGUUGUCAUGGGAAGUGAUUUAAUGAACGUGUUUUACACGGUAGUCCCAGCAGAUGGCACUGUUUACAGUGCAAAAGAAGGAUUUGUGUUGUUAUUAU